AAAUUUUGUAUAUCUUUUGUAUAUCUUCUUUUUGCUUCAUUAUAUUUGGAGAGUGAAUUGAUAUACCUACAAUCAGGAAGUUCAUAAAAGUCAUUGCACCUCAACAAUUCAAAGGUUCCAGCGACAUAUAGAGAUAUGCAUCUUAAAAGCGAUGGUAUGUAGAAAAAUAUGAAAGCACUCGUCUUUGCUGCCAUUGUCCUUUGGAUUUCUUCGUUGGCAAUACAACAAUCGGAUGGACCUUUACAAUGUGUGAUCAUCCAAGACAAACAGGGUUUAACAGUACCGUUUAAUCCUCCAUCGUUUUUGACCUCCAACAACAAAACACAAUGUCAAGUUUAUGGGUCAGGACAAGAGAUGCUAAGAUGUGGAACGUCAGAUGUGUACAUAAAACCUGAGUGUGUCUGUUCUUUCUACAACGUGUAUGAGGCCAAGUACCACAAUUUCUCAUCUUGUCCUAAAGGAGAGAAAUCAGAUGAUGUCACAAAAUUAAAAUGUCCUGAUUGCUUGUUGUAUAGCUGGAAUAAAAAUGGACCUUGUAUCAAUGGAGGUAAUCUAACAUGUAAAGGGAACGAAGUGGCCCCUAAUAUUAAAUGUCUGUGUCCACUGAACUACAAGGGAAUGUUCUGUGAGGAAAAAAUAGAAAAUGUAACGAGAAUAUGUGAUAGAACUUCAGUCUCAUCAACAAAAGGCCUGGCAAGGUGUGACUCGACAAGAAUGGAAUGUGUUACAUUCAGUAGGAAUCGUCGGUACGCUUACAAAUGUCAGGAGACUGAUACCUCCCAAGACAGAAGAGGAUUACCGUUGUGCGUUGACACAGAAGAUACCACACAAUUACCUGUUAGAGCCCCAAUUUACCCAACAUCAAUGAAUCCCACUGAGCAGGAUCAUAGUUUAACUUCAUCUGCAGAUAUAAUUGUGUCUACAUAUGUUUUAACAUACAUUUCACUAUCGUUACAAUUGUGAGAUCCUAAACUGAAGUGUAUUAUAAACAGUGGAUAUAUUGUGCCCGCUAAAAUACAAAACAUCCAUGAUUGUAUUUUUUAUUCAAGUUAUUCAACAAAAAUGAAAUCUACGUACAAACUAUCAUGGAUCAGCGCAAUAAAAUCUAUCUCACAAGAUUGUAGAUUUUUGUACUUUUAAUAUGCACAAAAAUGCAACAUUUCGACUAAUUUAAUUCGUAUUUUUCGAAACCUUAGGCCAUAUUUUCUCCCAAACCUUUUAAGCAAGAAUCUGCGUAAACAUUCAGUAAUUUGUACGAUAAAAAUAAUCUCCAUGCGGAAGAGAAUAGAAUUGUCAAAUUGUUAUGAAGUCAAUUCAAUAUGUAACUUUUCCACACAAUAUUAAUGACCAAAAUAUAUCGCAAGAAGGAAGAAAAUUAUAUAUUCUGAAACCCUUGUUUGAUUUCUAAAAGCAUUCUUGUACAUGUACUAAAUUUUAAAAAUACAUUAAGGUCGAUUAUUUGAGAUGUAAAGUUGGCUAUUUUCAAAAUAUAUCGUACUUGUAUACAUUGAACUCAAAUACAUAUGAAAAAACUCUUAUUCGCAUUAAAUCGAUGUGAAUUUUACUUGUUUGUAUCGUAAUAUGGUGUUCAAUCUUUGUAAACGGAAAAGAAUUAUAUAGAGAAAAGGAUUUUGUUUGUGUUUGUUAUAAAUUUUCUUUUUUUUAAAGAAGCCUUUACAAGCCUCUCUGAGUUAUGAGUCUCGAUAUUAGAAUUAUAGUAUAAAAUCGUGUACAUUAUAUUGUAAUUAAAAGGUGUGUAGAGGAAAUUAUGUGCCGUAAACUUUUAUUUCCGAAUAUAUAUUUAGUAUCUAUGCACAUUUAUUUUUAGAAAUAUCAAAGUGUUUUAUUUUAAAGGUUUUAACCUGUUUGUAUGGUUAAUUUGCAGUACUACUUAUUUUCAAAAUUCAAAAUGUUUAACCGUGUGUGUGUGUGUGUGUGUGUGUGUGUGUGUGUGU